CUUGUUGAGUCCGUGGGUCUAUUUCCAUUUUUGUUAUAGUUUUGGUGUUGCUUUCGUUGCACAAAAAUAACAAGUCCAAGGAGGAAGCUUCCAACUCUCAGCUAUGGCGUCGGCCGGCGGCAACUCGCUGGUCCUCCCGGCCGUCCUCCACAUCCGCCGGUCAGACGCAGACUUCACCGCCGCGCUGCGGGAGCGGUUCCGCGUCCUCGACUUCUUCGCGUCCGGCGAGCCCCUCCCGGCCUUCCUCGCCGCGGCCGCGGCCGCACCGGACCCCCCGCGCGCGGCGGUCGUCGUGGGCGGCGGAUCCGUGCGCGUGGACGCCUCGUUCCUCGACGCCGUCCCUUCCCUCCGCUGCGUCCUCACCACGGGCGCCGGCUUUGACCACAUCGACCUCGCCGAGUGCGCGCGCCGCGGUGUUGCCGUCGCCAACUCCGGGGAGGUCUUCUCCACGGACGUUGCCGACUAUGCGGUCGGCUUGCUGCUCGACGUGCUCUGGCGCGUGUCUGCGGCGGAGCGGUACGUCCGGCGCGGGUCCUCGCCGGCGCAGGGCGACUAUCCCCUCGGAUCCAAGGUUGGUGGCAGGCGUGUCGGCAUCAUCGGCUUGGGGAACAUCGGCUCACGGAUUGCAAAGAGGCUUGAAGCCUUUGGCUGCAUCAUCCACUACAACUCAAGAAAAACAAAGGGUUCAGUCUCUUACAAGUACUUCGCAAAUGUUCAGGAUCUUGCUGCUAAUUCCGAUGUGCUCGUUGUCGCAUGUGCACUGAACAAAGCGACGCGGCACAUCGUGAACAAGGAUGUGCUGGAGGCUCUAGGAAAGGAUGGUGUGGUCAUCAACAUCGGCCGAGGAGCAAACAUCGACGAGGCGGAACUGGUCAGUGCACUCAGGGAGGGAAAGAUAGCAGGCGCGGGCCUUGACGUCUUCGAGCACGAGCCCAACGUGCCGGCAGAGCUGUUCUCGAUGGAGAAUGUGGUUCUGACGCACCACAUGGCGGUGCUUACGGAGGAGUCCAGGUCAGACCUGCGCGGGCACACCAUUGGCAACCUUGAAGCCUUCUUCUCCGUGUCAAGAUCAAUGUUAUCCAACACUGUUGUAAACGACGAACUUCUACAACAGUAUUGAAGGAAGUAAUAGCUUUCGUGCAAGGGUUCGUCAUUUCGAUCGUGUGUUGCCGACUUGGUCCUCGACUCCUAGUUUCCUUGAUGAUUAGAUUUGGAUAGCUGAAGAACACAUAUUCUGACUGAUUUGAACAGCAACCUUCAGGUCCCUUUGUUCCUUUUCUUGCAAACAUGUUGCCCAAAAAAACAUUUAUCUAGUUCCUAGAAAAGAAGAAAGAGGAAACGAAGAGAUGAGUUAUUCGGAUUGCAGAAGAGGGCUAUGAAUAAAUGUGUUGUGAGGAUUGAUACCACUGAUGAUCUUGAGGAAUUAGAUGUCAGUGCAGCUGAAGGACAACAACCUGAUGGGAACGAAACCAAACUGGAGGAGAAUAAUUUCCAUGAGACUCCUACAAAUUCGAGUGACCAUGAGAAUCCUGCAAUUCUAGAUGAACAAGCAUCUUCUCCUUUUGAAAUCUAUGACCCUAGAAAGUGGGGCAUUCUUGACAAUAAUUCAUGAGAUAUUCUGAUUAAAAAGGGGCCUACAAGGAAAUACAAUCUUGUGUUCUGAAA